AUGGCAGACACAGCCUUUCCGCCCUCCUCCCUCCGCCCUCUCAUCGAGGAAGUCAGUUCUCUUCUCAAAGAGAGAAAGGAGACUGUUUCCGUCGCCGAGACUGCCGCAGGCGGCCUCCUCUCAGCAUCCCUCCUCUGCGUCCCGGGAGCAUCGGCCUAUUUCAAGGGUGGAUUAACCUUAUACACUCUCGAAUCCCGCCUCGCCUUCGCCGACUGGACGCCCGAGCACAUCACGCAGUAUCGCGGCCCAACGGCGCAAAUCGUCGCUGAUCUGGCCGUGUCGACGCGCUCAAAGCUGCUUUCUACGUAUACCGUGUCGGAGAGUGGCACUGCGGGACCGGGUGGUGGCAGGGCUGGCCGGACGCCGUAUGAAUAUGCAUUCCUCUCUUUCUUCUUACAUACUUCUAUGGAUGUUUCGGGAUGUGCCAUACUGACGGAAGAUCUGUAUAGAGGGGUCGCCUUUAUAGCGGUCGCUGCUCCCGACGGCAAAACGUACACGCGAGAGAUCGAUACCGGGUUUGGCGACGAGAGGGAGAAGAACAUGCUUGGAUUUGCGGCCGAGGGGCUGAAGCUGCUCAGGGAUGUCAUCAAGGGGGAUGCUAAGCUGUGA